UCGACGAUUGUGAGCGCCCGAUCGCUUGAGCACCUGAGGACCGGGUCUUUGACGUCCAUGUCUAGCGCUAGGAUGAAUCAAGAUGCCGACCCCAACGCGCCAAUGGGCAUGUCCACGCAGGUAGAUUUGGAAGGGCGGCACACACGGAACCAGUCAGGGUCUGGACAAGGCAUUCACCGCAGAAGUCCUUCUAGAACACAGCCAUGGGGCCCUGCCCUGUCCACGGUCCUUUCGGAGAGCGAACGUAGCGAUCCUUCGACGCGGUCCAUCUCUCGACUGUCUGGAAACGCUCGCAGCAGUGUCUUUACGCUCAACCAGCUUCGACAGACGGGAAGCUUCUCCACCUUUGGACUCGAGGAGGCCCUGGCCAUGGCGUCUCGGUCUCGGAGCGGCUCCGUUGAUCGACCUCAGCCAGUCCACGGCAGAGAGACGCCUUAUUCCACUGCUCGUCUAGUCCGCGACCACGACGAGGACGGCGAUGGCCUUGCAGAUCUGGAGAGCAAUCACCGCCUUCCCUCGCGCGCCCGCGGCCUCAGCAUGGUCUCUAACCACUCGGGAGACAGGAACCUCCGCUCCUCAAGCAGUUCCCGAAACAACAGCAUAAGCUACGCGGCCAUUCCGGCAUGGGCACGGGUCUAUUACGGAAGUGGAGAGCGGCGCUUUCUCGCAGCGCAGCCUUCCAAUGAGUCAAUGUUUUCGCAGUUUACCAGCAGCUUGCACCGCGAUUCGUCCCAUAGCCGCUCCCCAAGCUAUGAGCAGCACACUCCCGAGAUUGUUAAUCCCCGCCGCCGACCCCAUGAGAUAUACAGACGAGCAAGCGAAUCCGACUCGAUGGACAUCAGGCCAGUGCCUCAGCCCCAGCCCUAUGCGCCCGUCGACUCUGGUGUCGUCAAGAAGAAGACGUCGAGCGUUUGGUCGCCGCAUCUGCAACACGACAGGCGUGCCAGCCGAUAUAGCAUCUGGUCACCUCCUUCAUUGUCCGAGUCUGCUGAUUUCGGCCUUUGGCGACGCAACAUUCAGCUUGUGUUGUUCAUCAUUGGGUUCAUCUGCCCCUUGAGAAUAACAGCGUGGAUGCUUGGCGCCGUUCUACCGAUCCCCCCAAAGCCGGAGCGAGCCAUGACGGAGCGAAUCUACAUUACUGGCCAUCUCGAUAUUCGAAUGGAGGCACGACACCAGAGGCAGUACAUCCACGCGGAGCGCCUACACGAGCGGCUCAAGUGGUGGAGACGCGUCAACCGGCGCAUGUCCAUCAUUGGCGCCGUCAUUCUCAGUCUCUGCAUCAUCCUCAUCGCUGUAGGCGCGAAGCAGCAGUGGCAUUGA